AUGGAAAAUCAUAGCAAUAGUCCAGCUAAGGGUUGUCGUGUGUACGUUGGAAAUUUACCCUGGAAAGUUACUUGGCCUGUUUUAAAGGCACAUAUGAAAAAAGCAGGAGAUGUCGUAAGGGUAGAUAUCUUUGAAGAUAUGAUGGGCAGAUCAAAAGGAUGUGGAAUUGUAGAAUAUGCCUCAUAUGAAGAAGCCCAAGAAGCCAUCAACAUUCUGAAUGACUCGAAAUUAGAAGAUCGUCUUAUAUUUGUAAGAGAGGACAGAGAAGAGAAUUCAGGUAAUUAUGAAAAAAGAAGAUAUAACAAUGUACGAAAAGAUAAAUUCUAUGAUACUAGAAGAAGAAGAGAUUAUGAAUAUAGAAGAGAAUAUAGAAGAGAUGACUAUAGACGUGAUUCUAGAAGAGAUGAUUACAGAAGGGACUAUAGGAGAGAUGAUUUUAUGAGAGGAGAAUUUAGAAGGUCGAGUAAAAGAAACUGUACACUAAUUGUUUAUAAUUUGCCACCACAAAGCACAUGGAAAGAGUUAAAAGAUUUAUUUAAAAAACAUGGUAGAGUUGUUAGAGCUGACUUAAAAAACGAAGAGAGUUCAUCCAAGGAAGUAACUGGAACCGUUAUUAUGGAAAGUGAAUAUGAUGCUAAGAAUGCUAUCGAUGCUUUAAACUUUUGCAAUUUCGAUGGAUAUAUUUUAAAAGUUAAUUAUGAAAAUAAUGAAUAA